CAAGUGAGACGUGAGCCGAGUUUCACACUUCCACUCACUCUACACUUAGCAGUCAAAACUAUUUUAUUACGACUUACCACUUUAGCGGUGAGAGAUUUUGUUUGGGCCGUGGGCCAAGUCUGAUGAUCCUUUACCAGGCCGGGUUUCAUCGUAUACAAACUCCGGGUCAAUUAAACGGAUCCCCUGUAUAAAAAUAAUAAAAGAUGAAGCGGUGGGUUUUUGGAUUAUCUUGCAAGAAACGAAGGAAGGAAGAAAGGGGUUUAUAAAUCGAUUUUGUUCGUCUUGUUGCUCAGAAAUGGAGGAAGAAUAUUCUCUCGCUGAUACUUCAAAGCUGCUGCAAGCUGCUUCUGAUUUCUGCUCUAACCCUGGCACUCGAUCGGAAGCUGCUGUGAAGGAGUUUCUUAAUUUCUUUCCUCUUCCUGUCAUUAUCAGUGCUUUGCAAACCAAAGGAGAUGUGGCUGGUGUGGAGGAUGCACUAGUUGAUUGUUUAGAGAAGAUAUUUAAAACAAAAUAUGGGGCCUCCCUCAUCCCACAUUUCAUGCCUUUCAUUGUGGUCGGCCUGCAAGCAUAUUCUCAGAAAGUCCGAGCUUUGUCAUGUAAAACGAUCUCUAGCCUUUUGGAGAAUCUUGAUGAUAAUACUGGUUUAGCUACUUCAUUGAUCAAAGAGAAUGACGUGUAUCCGCUUUUGCUUAACUGUCUUGUCGAUGGCGAUGAACAAGUGGCUGUAGCAGCAACAGAUGCAAUUAGGAAUUUAGCCGGAUCUCAACAGGGGAUAGAAGUCAUAUUCCCAUCUACUCCCACUGAAACUACAGAUAUCACAAAGUUAGCAGCAAGAUGUUCGUCAUUGGGACGAGUUCGAGUGUUGGCAUUAAUAGUGAAGCUAUUCUCUACUUCAAGUACAGCCGCAACAUUAGUUUACAACUCAAAUCUUUUAGGUCUUUUCGAGGCAGAAAUUCGCAACGCUAAAGAUACACUUAUAACUUUAAGUGUGCUGGAGCUCUAUUAUGAGCUGGCUGAGGUCCAGCAUGGAAUGGAAUAUGUUCUCCAGACCAAUAUUUUGCAGCUACUUAUUUCAAUAAUCAGAAAUUCUUCUGCUGAAUCGAUGUUGAGAUCGAGGGCUAUGAUGAUCAGCGGCCGGCUUUUAUCUAAGGAGAACCUUCUCACGUUAAUAGACGAAUCUGGUAUCCCCUUUUUGUGCGUGUUUGAAUAUAUAUCGAUUGAUUAUUAUUUUUAUUUAUUUUCAUAUUACUUUUUAAUUUUUCAUGUAGGUGUUAAAGCUGUGAUCUCAGCCAUUGAUGAAAGGAUUUCAUUGCUGGAAAGUCAAGAUACAGAUGAAUAUGAAUGUGCUCUUGAAGCAUUGGGUCAAAUAGGGUCAUCAUCUCAAGGAGCUGUAUUGCUACUGUCAAACACAUCUGCUGCCAAACAUGUUGUUAAUGCUGCGUUUGACCUGCAUGGCCGUGGCAGACAACUAGCUGCAUUGCAUUCUCUUGGAAAUAUUGUGGGAGAAACGCGGAUCGAAAACAACAAAUUGUUGAGUUCUGAUGCUGAAGAAACCCUGCGUAGAUUAAUUUAUGAAACGGCAUCCAACUCUCCAAAGCUUAUACCAUCGGGUCUUGUUCUUGCAAUCCUUAAACUCGAGUCUGAAUUCCGGGUCGCGGGUUACAGGUUGAUAACAGGACUGUCUGCUAGACCAUGGUUCCUGGUGGAGAUCUGCUCAAGACAAGAGAUAAUAAAUAUAAUCACAGAUUCAUAUACAGAAACAACUAAAAUAGGUAUGGAGGCCAGAUACAACUGUUGUGAAGCAACCUAUAAAGCUCUUGCCUCAUCCUCCAAAUUUCUGAGUGAUCCUGCACUUUCGGGGACUGCAGAAAAGCUGCUGGAAACUAUCAAAAAAGGUCCGUAUCUCACUAAAGGACGAAAACAAGAAGCGCGACCUGAAGUUGCAACUGCUGACAGGUUUUAGGUUUGUUGAUGACUGCGUUACUGUGAGAACAAACUGUUGAAUAUAUUUCUUUCUGUAAGAAUAUGGUAGCAAUUAGAUAAACUGAAAUGACGAAUGCAUCGCCAGCGUUACUUUUAACAAUCGUUGUGUUCAUUGACGAUGUCGAAAGCAGAAUGUUAGAAGGAACUCUUUUGUUAACAUGCUUACUAUCAUAAGAUUCUUUUUCAUAA